AUGCAGCCAACAACCGACGAAUCUCAAAAUACAGAACUGGUCACCGAUACCGUGCAGGGAUUGAACGAAAUUCUGAAAGGACCCAAACUUUUCUUAUUGGUUAAGAUCCCAUUCUUUUGCGUUUUUAUUGUGCUUUACGUUAUUUAUCAAAUUCUUCGACUUAUUGUCUUGCAAUUACCACAUCUAUGCUAUCAAAUCAUCAAACACUCGAUACAUUUUAUUAAGAAUAUUUCUCUUCGCGCGUUCAAUACCUGCAAAAAAUUGCCGAGCUUCAUCCUACGGCAGACUGCAAAGCUUUAUCGGAAUUUUCUAUUACCAAUUGUAUGCUUUUUAUGGUACAACGUGAUUUUGGCUGUGUUAAGAAAGCUACCAUCGUUCAUUAAAAUGAUUUUUUAUCCAAUAAUGCGAUGGUACUUCAAAUUUAUCGUUACUCCUAUUUCUACAUUGAUAAAUUUUCUUUUGGUUACUUGGUAUGAUGCGUUGGUUUUUGUCUUCAGUAAACUCAAAUGGCUUAUGAAACAAUUAUGGGAAAACGUUUUGCAUAGAGUAUUCGUAUUGAUCAAGAAUCAUAUUUAUCCGUACAUCUAUGAGAUUGCUGGAGAAUUUUUCGACAUCGUUUAUCGGCAUGGGCUUGUACUACUAUACAGAAAAAGAAGAGAAAUUUUCCAAAUGACUUGUGUUUCCUUCUAUGAAUUUGCUUGCUGGACUUCGAGGUAUACUCUGUAUACAUUUAAAUACUUUUAUGAUGCACUUACAGUUAUCUUUAAUGAAUUACGAGACAUCGUCUUUACAAUUUGCUCAUUCAUAUACCGUCAUAGUUUACUGCCGAUAUUUGAAUUUACAAUCUCAAAUCUACCCAAGAUCUGGUCAGCAUUGUGCCACUUAGCUGAUAUUACCACCAUGACUAUGAUACGAAUACUUCAACAACUUUACUCUGGAGGAAAAGUACUAUAUCACCAUAUAAGACAUGCUUUAGUCAAAUUUUUGUCAACUAUGUUCAUUCAUGUCGUGGAGCCAGUGGUACGAGCGGCAAAUUAUAUCGCACCAAUAGUGUGGUCAAAACUGAAACAGUUCGUUCUGUAUAUGGCGCACGGUAUACGAUACAUCUAUAGUCGCGUAUGCCCAAUAGUGACAAUUAUAUACAGAAAUGUACGCCCGUUUGCCGUCAACGCUUACUCAGCUAUUCGCAUUCAUUUCAUAGCCGCAAUGAAGCGACUGAUCAAUGAUACUUUUCCCAAGAUGUGGUUCAAAUCCAAACAAUUUCUCAUCAAGAUACCGAGCGGUAUACAGCGCAUCUAUGUUUGUUCAUAUCGAACACUAGCAAAUAUUUACCGAAGUGCAUACUCUCUAGCCGUCAUCGUUUGUUCAAUGAUUCGCACUCGUUUUAUGAUGCUUAUGGGCCGAUUCACAGGUGGUACUAUGCGAACAGUGUGGUCUAAACUGAAAGAAUUGGUUGCCUAUGUGACGAAUGGUAUUUGGUAUAUCUAUGGUAUGAUACAUCCUCUCGUCAUCAAAGUUUACUCAACUGUUCGCACUUAUCUCACAAUGUACUAUAUACGCCAACUCAUCGAUGACAUCCUCCCAAGAGUAUGGUAUAAAUCUAAACAACUACUUAUCAAGACGUCGGCUGGUGUGCGAUACGUUUAUGGUCGUUUACGCGCUAUACUACCAUAUAUCUACGAUAUUGUGUACACUUUUGCCAUUGUCGCUUUUUGUACUGUCAAAAUUCAUCUCGUGGAUGCUACGCGUCAGCUGAUCAGCAGUUUAUUACCAACAAUGUGGUCUAAAUCCAGACAACUAGUUGUCGAUAUGAUAAAUGGCAUACGACACGUCUAUGGGCGUUUAUGUCACAGAGGAUCAGGAAUUUUCAGCCGUAUACGCUCUUUUGGUACUUUAGUUUACUCAAUCAUACACAGUGAAUUUAUGAUCUCUACGAUUCGGUCCAUAAGGGAAAAUACAGCAGCUAUUUGGCAUUCCCUGGGUGACCUUAUGAUCAGUGUUAAGCAAAUUGCACCACGGAUACGUGAUAAUCUAUAUCAAACGUUUCGUACUCUGUCUACACAAUGUUUCACAAUGUAUGGUUGGAUAAAGACGAAUGUCCUAGUGAUUUGUCGUACAUUAUAUCCAUCGAUGCUACACGUGACACGAUAUAAGCUGAACGAAUUUCAUCAAAUCGUCCAGCGAAGCGUGGUGCAACCAAUGAUCAGUCUAUCGUUUUCCAUACGAGUGUUUAUCAGCAGUAUGCUCAACACAUGUCGCGUUUUUAUAUCUUCAGUACGACGUAUGAUGGCGACAAUUGCUUUAAUAAUUGUGUCGGCUAAGAACACUGUAACUUCACAUUUAAGUCGUCAAAAUCGCACGCAAACUGUCGUUAGUUAG